GGAAACAAAAACAGUAAUGACAACAAUUGUGGAACGCAGAAGGAAGAACAGGAUUAUGAACUUGAAAAAACUAUUCCAUCUCACUUUUUGAGAAUUGUAAUUUUGCGGUUGGAAGGUACUAAGCCAGUUUUGCAUGGAUGAGCAAAAUGAGAUUGGAUGGAUAUGAUGGGACCCUUUGAUAAGGUUAUUGAUUAUGACGUCAUAAAUUACUUCCAAUUCAGCUUAUAAGUAGGGAAGAUGCGUUUUUGGAAUCAGUCUGACAGCCUUCGUGAGAUACUGACAGCAAUAGUGUUUGUUCUGUGUGUGUGAUAAGCCGAAAGUUCCCAAAAUGCAGUUGGCUCUGUUUUGUUUGUUGGGAUUGGUGGUGGCAGCUUCAGCACUGCCGCAGGACAAGUACACGACAAAGUACGACCACAUCAACGUUGAGGAGAUUCUCAACAACGAGAGACUUUUCAACAGCUACUACAAGUGCCUCAUGGGGGGCAAGUGCACACCAGAUGGCCUGGAGUUGAGAACUCACCUCCCCGACGCCCUGCGCACCAACUGCUCCAAGUGCAGCGAAAAGCAGAAGGAGUUCAGCGACAAGGUCAUCAAACACUUGAUCGAUAACAAACCAGAGGAGUUCGCAGCACUGGAGAAGAAAUACGACCCAGAAGGCAUCUACAAGAACACGUUCGCACCCAAGUUCACGAAGGCUUAAUACAAUAUUACGAGAGCCACUGAAUACCUUUCGUCUACUUGAAAUUUAUUGACAUUAAAUUCCGUUAAAAAUAACGAAAUCAAUAGACCUAAUUACUAAAUGAUUAUCAGAAGAAUGCUCAUUCAAUCCUGAUAGAAACGGAAUUGUUGAAAGUCAAGUUCAUUGAGCAGAUUCUCCAAAAUUAUAAUCUUCCAUCAACUUCGAAUUGCAGCUCAUAAAAAAAUUGUUUCUGUUAGAAUAAAAACACGCUUUUCUAUUA